GGCGCGUCGCACGGUUUCGUUUCUACCCUCAUCUUCUCAGGCGAUACACGACUUUCGUUUGAACUACCAUUACUGUUAGGAGUGCGAAACCAAUAAUCAAUACUCAGAACAUUACUAAUAUCUCGCCACCUCACAAACGACCAUAUACCAUCCUGGCGACCACUAAGGGGAAACAUACAGGCGACGAUCAUAAUAAGACGCGAUACACGACUUCGGAAUUGGGGAGAUGGACCCUGUGCAAAGAUGCUGUUGCAUCAUGCUUCGUCAAGGACGCGCUGGAGAUGCCGGAAUCCAGCGUAAACGGUGUAGAGUUCUUCUGGCUUGGCCGUGUACCUUGCCGAAAAGUCUAUAUAGUUGGGCUAGUCGUUGGUGUACAGGUUUAUGAGGAGCGUACCAUCUAUACAUUGGACGACGGCACCGGUGUCAUUGAAUGCGCUUUUAAACAUCCGCUCCAACCUGCAUCUGGAUCACCUAAACCAAGUGUUACAUCUAAAUCGAAUCGUGCCGGAACAAGCCCAAGAAGACGAUCAGCGAGUGAUAAUUCGGGCCUGCCUAAGUUGCCACCUUCAAAUUCAAAUGCUGAGCCAAAACCGAUAGCAUGCGUAGGCAUGUCUGUGCGCCUGACUGGUAGAGUCAUCGUGCGAAAGCAAGGACGCGUGAUACUGAUAGACAAGAUCGAACGAUGUGACUCGAUUAACGAGGAACCACAGCACUGGUUAAAGGUCUGCGAUCUACAUCGCAUGUGUUACUUUGCACAGGAUGCGGGACCAUUCGUAAUUCCAGAUCAAAAGCCGACGUUUGCACCAUCUCACGCUGGACCAUCGUCUGUCUCUCAGGUUCCCUUUAACUCACAUGUAGUGACCAUUGCGUCUGAUCCCCGGACGCCGUCUAAGUCGUCGGUGUGUAGUAGUGCGGUCACGUCACCAUCGCUUGCUUCUAGCCCCGUUGGACCCAAGUCUCCACUACGCCUACGACACCCGUCGCGACUACAUACGCGCGACCUUACAGCGAACACAUUCAGGAUCUACAUGAAACACUAUAUGGAUAACGCCCCGCCAGACUCAUCCUCGGACGAGGAAGACGAAUACGAUGCUGCUAACGUUACAUUUUCGCUUUCUCAAGUACAAGGCACCCCCACGAAGCGCAAGCGCAAGACCCCUCCUCGUACACACAGCACUCUGACGCCAUACGGCGAGACACCAAGACCAGUCAAACGACGUAGUAUCGAAGCGACACCUCGUGCUGCACCGUCCAAUGUCUCGUUACAGGACGUUACAAGUGACGAUGAAGACUCGCUACAGGGGUUCACGAUGUCACAUUUGCGUCGAGUCCCGGAGUUAGCCUUACUUGCACGUCGGGUGGUCGAAGCUGAGGCGAAACGCCGGGUACGAGAGGAGCGGAAGAAAGCUAAGGAGCAACAAAACCAAUGCACCUCCUCACGCUCGCAUGACUUGAAAGGUAAAGCUCGUGCUACAGUCGCUUCCCUGGCACCUCCAUUUGGGAAGGGAAAGCAGGGUGAAGGACCAGGCCCGAAAAUGAAACGCCUAUUCCGAUUUGCCAUUCGUCAGUUAUACGACGAGGGUAGUAUCGUAUUGUUCGAUGGACCGAUUCGCAAAAUGCCUGAACUCUUUGUCGACGAGUUCCCUGCUGCAAGUCCAUUGAAACUGUGGAAAUCGGGCAUGUCGAGUACGCUUGGCGCGAACAGUACCGCCACCUUAUCCUCCAUUAAUGCAUCCUCGUUGUCCUUUUCCGGAGAUGAUCCAGGGGAAGCCAGCGAUCCACAGCCAGACGAGGAGUCGUAUAUCACGCUCACGCCGGGCUACCUUUGUCGGAAGGUUGAACGAGCGAUUCAAAAUAUAGUCGCUCGAGCGCAGAAGAUGCAGAAAGGCAAAGGUCCUCCAGCACCUGGACCGACGCCUGGGGAGAUCUUGAAUUAUAUGAGGAAGAAAGAUGAUCGAUGGGCUCGUUUGGGUGAAUGGUCGGUUAAAGAUGCGUUGGAGUGGGGGAAGGAGAAUGGGAGGGUGUGGUGCGUUGGGAAGGAUCGGUGGGAGGUUUGUGGAUGAGUGUCGAGCGUUGAGUGUCGAGUGCGACGUGAAUAAACAUCCGUAGAUGUAACCGUACAAUUUCAGAACUCUCGAACAUAAGUAAGGGAGCUCCGACUCGAACUAUGCAUGCGCCUUUGUUUGGCCUCUGUGGAUUUACAUGCCUUGAGCUGCACGGUUGGUCUAAUACCUCAACAUAGUGCCGGUGAUCUACUCGCUGUGUCGGGCUUAAACCAAACCCUCGGGAAGUCAUGAACUUCUAGCAUAAGAAGUGACAGGCUUCCCUUCCGGCGGUUUAGUGGUGGCUUUCUCCCAUCGCGUCCAUGUCCAGAUCUCUUGGUGUAUGUUCCCCUGUCGGUUUCGACGCCAGACAUACAAUCUGGUAGAGUAUAAGCCGAUAAAUGCAUCUUCACUGUAUCGGACACCCUCAUGUCAAGGCUGCUUUCACAGCUCGGCACUCAACCGUUCUCCCCCCCUUCAGUGGAUUCAUUCCCCGUCUCGCCAACUCUACUCGGCUGCGUCCACAUUGAAAGUACCAAAUUCAAUCGAACAAUCCCUUUUUCAUCGUUUC